UACUUAUCUUGUUUUUAAUGCAGAAACUGAGGAGAAAUGUGAAUCUACUGGAAAAGCUGGUGAUGCAGGAGACAGUAUCAUGCCUCGUGGUCAACUUGUAUCCUGGGAAUGAGGGCUAUUCAUUAAUGCUCAGGGGAAAGAAUGGUUCUGAUUCUGAAACUAUUCGGCUGCCUUACGAGGAAGGCGAGCUGCUGGAGUAUCUUGAUGCAGAGGAGCUGCCUCCUAUUCUGGUUGACCUCUUGGAAAAGUCUCAGGUCAAUAUUUUCCAUUGUGGAUGUGUCAUUACUGAAAUUAGAGAUUAUCGACAGUCUGUGCAUACAAAAGUGCCAACAUUCCAAAGCAGACACAUCCUUCUACGUCCAACAAUGCAGACCCUGAUUUGCGAUGUUCAUGCAAUAACAAGUGACAACCACAAAUGGACCCAGGAUGACAAACUCAUUUUGGAGAGCCACCUGCUCCUGGCCACAGCUGAACCACUGUGCUUGGAUCCCUCCAUUUCAGUCACGUGUACAGCAAACCGGCUAUUGUACAACAAGCAGAAAAUGAACACCCGCUCAAUGAAACGGUGUUUUAAGAGGUAUUCUAGGCCUUCCCUGAACAGGCAACAAGAAAUGGCCCAUCUUCCAACACCGCCACAACUGAAACUGCUUGACUAUUUGCAGAAGAGAAAGGAAAGAAAACCAGCACCUCCCAUAGAUCUCAAAAUUUCCAGAGCAGGAAACUGCGUUGACAUGUGGAAACAAAAUCAUUGCCAGUUGACUGCACCAUCUGAAGUUGAUGUGGAAAAGUAUGCCACAGUGGAAAAAUCAAUCAAGCUUGAUGACUCGCAGCCAACUGUCUGGCCAGCACAUGAUGUUACUGACGAUUACCUGUUUGAAUGUGAAGAAGACAACCAAAGUCCAAAAACAACAGUGACUGUUUAUCGGUCAGUGGGGGACCCACUUUUCUACGGCAAGAUCCAGACAACCAAGGAACCCAAAGCGGACGAUGAGGGUUACAAGCAUCUCAUCCACCCUGCGUUUCUUAUAGGUUCAAAGAUAGAUGCGGACAGGUUUAUUAACCAGUACAAAGAAGUUUACCAAACAGAUGUCAAAUGUUCGGUAAAGAUGUCCCAUAAUUCAGGUGGAUCAGCAAGUCAGAGCCAGUUUUCUCCUGGAAAGGAAACAGAGCAGCCUGAGGGUGUUUCUGGAUCAGUUCAAUCCUCGGUAUUAGGAAAGGGAGUGAAGCACAGACCCCCUCCUAUUAAACUGCCUGCAGGACCGGGCAGUAGCUCCUCAGGUAACCUAUACAGCUCACAGCAGUCAGGUGGGCAUCUCAAGUCCCCGACUCCCCCUCCUUCCAAGGGCCCUGGCCUCUCUCGGAAACACUCUAUGGAGCUGAACCAAGUGGGUCUGCUUUCUCCGGCUGCACUGUCCCCUGUCGGCUCAUCACAAAGAUCUGGAACUCCAAAACCAUCUACCCCAACUCCUACCAACACCCCCUGCUCCACCCCCCACCCUCCAGACAUCCAGACUUAUACCCCUUCAGCCACUCCAACCCCCCUGGAUUCAGCACAGACCCCUCAGCCCACCCUUAUGAACCCUUUCACCCAGCAGCAGAUGGCCCAGGCCUUACCUGUGAUGACCAUCCCUCUGUCCACCAUCACCACAGGAACCUCCAGCAACCAAGUCAUGAGCAACCCUGCAGGCCUCAACUUCAUAAACGUUGUUGGCUCUGUGUGUGGACCUCAGACACUGAUGAGUGGAUCGAACUCCAUGCUGGGUUGUAACACUGGUGGCAUCAAUCUGAGCGGGCUCCUACCUUCAGGGGGACUUGUACACGGCACCCUGCCAGCUGCCAUGCAGUCUGCAGCACAAGCAGGUGGUUCUUUUGGUUUAAAAAAUCCCUCAGCUCUACGACCCUUGAAUCUUCUUCAGCUGCCUACUGGGCCAAUCAUCUUCAAUUCUCUACAGCAGCAGCAGUUGUCCCAGUUCUCUCCACAGCAGCAGUCCACACAGUCUGCCACACCCAGCCCUCAACAGCAGGGAGAACAGGCUUUGGAUCAAGGAUCUUCUAGUCAGGAUCAAGCUCUUAGUGGCCAGCAGACUGCUGUUAUAAACCUAGCAGGAGUAGGAGGUUUCAUGUCCCCACAAGCAGCAGUGCUGUCUCAGCUAGGCUCUGCCAUGAACAGACCUGGGCAAAGCCUGCCACAGCAGAGACUCCAGCUCUCCUCUGCCUUGCAACAGCAGCAACACGCCUUACAGCAGCAGCAGCAGCAACAGAUACAAUUGCGAUACUUACAGCAUCAAAUGCAGCAGCAAAUGGCUAUGGCGGCGGCAGCAGCAGCCCAGCUUCGGCAACAUUCAGGCAGCCAACCAAAAAGUAAAAGAAAACGUGGUGCGCCAACCCCACCAAAAUCAUGAGUGCUCUGUUACAAAGUGAUGGCAUUUGUGAUGUGCAGCUGUAAAUCAGGUUUAUAAGAGUGAAUUCCAGAGUCUCAGUAGAUUGGAGCAGGAAUAGGAUAGGAUCGUGUGUCUGCAUUUUUUCUCUAUAAUAAUUAAGACCCAGUAAAGACUCAGUGUGCAUUAUGUUACGUACAUUUAAAGAAUUUGCCAGGCUUUCUCUUCCUGGGAAGUAGGCAUGCUAUCCUUUUGCAUUCCUGUAACUGUUUUUUAACACGCGGCUGGAGGUUUAAAAGGAUAACUAAAUCUCCUUUCCUUUUGCCUGUUCAAGGGAAGGUAUAAGAAGCUUCAUUGUAUUUUACUCAACCUUUUUUUAAAUGCAUAUCAUGUUAUGACUCUUAUUCAGAUUGUGUAUAUUACCCGUGCUGUAGGAAAUUUCUAGCAAAGAAUGCAUGUGUUUUGUAGUACAUUUAUUGCGGUAAAAAAAAAAAAAUCUGAUUACAAAUAUAACUUUUACAAAAUCAUUGGAAAA